CGCUGAUUCAUAGUUAUUACUAACUGAAAAUAAAAAGGAACGAUUUUUAUUUCCUUCGGCUUAAUUACCCUUCUCGCCGGUCGACAUCUCCGGGGAAACGGAAAGCAUGGCCGCCAAUUUCUGGACUUCGUCUCACUACAAGCAGCUUCUUGGCCCAGAAGACGUCGAUGUGGUUCAUCCUCAGGACAAAGAGAGAGGAAUUUCCCUCGAAGAUUUCAAGCUCAUCAAGCUCCACAUGUCUAAUUAUAUAACGAAAUUGGCUCAACACAUUAAAGUGAGGCAAAGAGUUGUGGCCACUGCAAUUACGUACAUGAGACGGGUUUAUGCCAGAAAGAGCAUGGCAGAAUAUGAGCCCCGUCUUGUUGCUCCUACGUGCCUAUACUUGGCAUCUAAAGCUGAAGAAAGCGUAGUUCAAGCCAGAACUCUCGUCUUUUACAUCAGAAAAAUAUAUUCUGAUGAUAAGUACAGAUUCGAAGCAAAAGAUAUACUGGGAAUGGAGAUGAAGGUCUUGGAAGCCUUGAACUAUUAUCUUGUUGUGUUUCACCCUUACCGCUCAUUGUCUCAGUUCAUGCAGAAUGCUGGCAUAAACGAUGUAAAUAUGAUCCAGGUGACCUGGGGAAUCCUUAACGACACAUACAAGAUGGACCUGAUUCUUGUGCACUCUCCUUACCGCAUUGCACUAGCCUGUAUGUUCAUAGCCAGUGUCUACAAAGACAGAGAUAUCACGGCAUGGUUCGAAGAUCUUCAUGAAGACAUGAACUCGGUGAAGAACAUUGCAAUGGAGAUUCUGGAUUUCUAUGAGAACCACAGGAUGAUCACUGAUGAAAGAGUGAAUGCUGCUUUCAGCAAAUUGGCUCAGAAACCUUAAGAGCUUUAUUACAUCAUUUUCCCCCCAUCUUCCAAAGUUCUUGUGUAGCUCAAGUCCCCAUUUUAGUCUUCCUUUUGUUUUUCACUGAACCAGUGAAUGAAUUUAGUUUUAUUGAAUUUGGUAAAAAGGGAAGAAAUUGAAAAUCCUCUUCUCAUCAAAUCUCGCCCAUCAACUGCUAUUGUUAAUUAUAUUUAGUCAACAUGGAUAAUUGUGAUCCCAAGUGGUAUUCAUCAUCUGUAUAUCAACAUUAUAGUUGGAAAUAUAUUCGGUGUACUAAGUUUUGGACU